GGUCAGCUUUUGCAACAGACGUUGACUCUCCGACCAAAAACAAAAAAGAAUAUUGGAAAAGGGAAAGUGUUGAAGAGACGAUUUCUUUAACCUUCCUCGACCACAUCAAACAUCUAAAAUCUAAAUUCAUCAGAAAUUAAUCGAAGCGAAUGGAUUUCUAGGGUUUUUGCAAGCAAUCGAAACGGCUUCAAUUGCUAUCAAUCCAUAUCAAAAGAGAGAUUAGUGUCGCGAUUCAUGACACUUGAAAGCUGAAGCAGAUUCAUUUCAUGUUUUUUUUUUUUUUUGCAAGCAUUCAAGUGUGUUCAACUUGAGUCUCUUGGAUUAGUAACGAUCCGCAGCAAAAUUUGGCUUUUGUCUCUUACAUCAUAACGAAGUCCCUCCCAAAUCAACAUGUGCAUUGCCAAAGAUAAGCUAACUUAUGCUACUGCCUAAAAAUGAACUUACAGAUUCAUGAGCCAAUAGUGACUUGGUUUCUCGGCCUUGUUUUGAUGUUCUCAAGGAUGGGGGUUUUGGCGUGUUAUGACCUACUUUCUUUACUGCCUGAGGCUGAUGUCAAGAUCGGGCUGUCUAAACAUUUCUCUUCUAGUGGAGAGGUUACACGUGUAGAUGUCCGCAGAAAUACUCGUCACGAAUGCUCAGCUCUAGUUUGUAUAGUGGGACAAGGAUGUGUAGAGAAGGCGCAUGAACUAAGUGGAGGACGUAACGCUGAUGGAUGGAAUAUUGUAGUUGAACGUGUUUUUCCUCUCAAGCGCAAAGCAACCCAUACUGGCAAAGGAAAUCCAUUAAUGGAGGCUAAGAUGGAGAAGAUGGUCAAGGGAAGAAGAAGAUGAUGAAGAAGAAAACUACGGAGUAGAAGCCUCUCUCUUUCUUAGGACAAGACAAGACGAAUCCUUUUUGGUGUUUUUUAGUAAUAGUUUGUGAUACAAUCCAACCCCUUCUGAUUGUGUGUUUUUUAAAAAAAAAACAAUACUUACGGAUUUUCUAUAGUUAUUUGUCAGCGCAUGUUGCCGGUA